AUGAAUUAUCGUAUAACCGGUGACUCUCCCGCCUUCCAAAUGUCUUCACUUCUUGUUCAAAUAUUGAAGAAGAUGGAUGCUCUCUUCAAAGUCGGCGAGAAGUUCGUGUGCCUCUACGAGAACACCACACCCUACCAGGCAAAAGUGACGGCGAUUCGAGUGGUUCGAGGUGUUGACAACUACAAUGUUCACUACAUCAGCUAUGGAAAACGACACGAUGAAUUGGUACCAUUCGGAGAGGAGGAGGGAAAAAUGUUCAAAGGAACACUGGAGGAUUAUCAGAGAAAUCAUAACAUUCCGCCAGCGGAGGCGAUGAAAAAUAUUAUUAUUGGGAAUCCGCCGAAGGCAGGAGGAGCUGUAGAGAAAGCGGGACCUUCUAGCAGAAAGCCAGGGCGUCCGAAGAAGGGAAAAGAAGGAGAACAAGAAUCGACGGACCCGUGUGAACCAUCCACUUCCACAGAAGAACCCACACACUCAGUUUGUCUGAAAGUGGAACUGCCUCCGGGACUGCUGAAAGUGUUAGGAGAAGAUCACAGUCUGUUGGGAAAAGAUUUCAUUCCGGAACUCCCGGUGACUCAUUCGAUCGAUACAAUCAUUCGAGAGUACCUGGCGAAAAUGGAGAAAGAUGAGCAACGAGAACUGGCUUCGAUUAAGGAUGGUGACAGUGCGACGAGGGAAAAGAAGAAAGUCAACUUCCUGCUCACCGAAAAGGAACGCCUUCAACACAGCGCUCUUCUGCGCCGCGAAGCGACAAAGAAGAAUGUGAGAUUCAAAAGUGUCCUCGACAUUCCAACGGACACUGUUAGAUUCUCCGAACACUACGGUAUUGUUCAUAUGGUUCGGAUGCUUACGAAACUCGAUGAGCUCCUUCAGGUAUCCGAUUGGAACGACUAUUUUAUGGAGAAGUUUAUGGAUGCAGUCCACGACUUUAUGGGAUUCCUCGAGGAGAACUAUCUGAAAUACUGGAAAGCGGAGGGUGGCUACAGGACGUUGACUGCUGAGUACUAUAGACAAUGGACAACGGCCGGAGAUGAAUAA